AUGGGCGGUGGCAUUGCUGACAUCGAGCCCGAGUCUGAUGGCGAGAAGCCCCCGGAAGGUCCCCUUGCCGCUGUAACACCUGGCCGCGUCGGCCUCAAGAAAUGCGAGUCGUUCUCGGACUCGGGCUGCGAGUCGCCUGGCAACUGCAAGGAUGGCUGCGACUCGAGCCCGCAGUCCAACAGCUCGUGCGACAACAAGAAGUUUGUCUGCCCCGUGCAGGGCUGCGGUCGCAUCUUUUGCUCGUCGAGCAACCUCGGCCGCCACGUCGAGGCGCACUCGGGCCUCAAGCCCUUUGCGUGCUGCAAGUGCUCCAAGCGCUUUGGCCGCGCCUUUACGCUCGCGCGCCACGAGAUCACGCACACGGGCCAAAAGCCGUACCACUGCGAGAUCUGCAACAAGGGCUUCAACACGUCGGGGAACCUUUGCCGCCAUCGCCAUAUCCACGAGAAGGAGAAGAACCAAGCCGUCGCACCGGUGCGUCGCGCCAAGAAGCGCAAGAGCGUGAACGGCGUCGAGGACCCGUCGAAGAUGGCGCGCAGCGAGAACGACUCGGACUCGGACAACACCGACAUGCUCGACGCCAUCAAGGGCGAAGACGCGUCCAUGGUCGAUGUGCUUGUCAACAACCUGUACAACCAGGUCGGGGAGUCAAGCGAGUUCGAUAUGGAGCCGGCGCCGCUCAGUGGUCCCUCGGACGCGGGUAUGGAGACUGACACGGACAACCUGACGGACGUCUUCUCGGACUUUGAGAUGGACGCCGAGGCGCGCCAGAACACGAGCGCCAACUCGAAGGUUGCCACGCCUGCCAUGCCGCUGUCGAACCCUGCGCAGGUUGCGUACAGCGCGUGCCUUCAAAUGGAGACGGCGCUCAAGUGUGGUGGCGUCAAGGAUCUCUACAUCCUCGCCCAGCAGGCGACGCAGGCAGCGGAGAUGGAGAUGCAGGACGCGUGCCUCAAGUACGACGACGCCGGUCGCCGCUUUGGAGCGCUCUGCCAGGUGGCCGCGCCCAACGUGUGCUCGGCCAUGUGCCGCUGCCUCGUCUUUCUCGAGUCGGAGAAGAACUCGGCGACGCGCCUCGUCCAGCGCUCGCGCCGCCUCUUUGAGCAAACGUGCGUUGCGCCGGCUAACGCCAAGGACGAGUCGGACCGGAAGCACAAGCUUUUGCUCGAAGCCAAGCUCUCGGAGCUCAUGGUCCAGCAAGCGUCGGCGCAAGAAGCCGCUUCGAUGAUGAUGGGUCAACCGUCCAAUAGUAGCAUCGAUAUGGUUCUGUAA